CGUAUAUACUAUACGGGCCUAGCGGGGUCUCGCAGCGUACAGCUGCCGGCCAGUCAUGGAUGAUAUCAUGUCGGAGCGUGGCUCGGUCUCGGACCGGCCAUGUGUCUGGGCUGCAUUUGUCUUUUCGCCGCGACGCUUGUGCAUCUUCUGGAGCGCGUGCUGGCUGCGGCCCCGAGCGGUGCGAUCUUAUAACUGAGGCACCCUCCGAUGCCUUGCCUGUUCUACUCUCCACUCAACGCAGAGUGUCAACGCAGCCCCACUCUUCCGACUGUCCAAACGCUGUAUACCCUGAUACAUGUUCGACAGUGACAUUCUGCACUAUGGCUCAUCGUGGAAUCCAUACUAUUUCAUCCCACUACCUGAGGAGCGGACUCCCAUAACAUGGACCACAAUUCCCCAAGUCCUCGUGUACUGGGCACCAUUCUAUCUUAUGGCCUAUCUGGCGCGGAAGGCGGAUACAUAUCUGCUGCGUCUGCUCCUGCUGCCUAUCGUGAUCUCGACCGCAGCGUAUUGUACGUACUGGUUCAGGGUGGAGGAUCCAACCAUCGCCACCGUUCAGUGGGGUCGAAGCUUCGUGACACUUGUCGUCGUGGCAAAGGCCAUAGACUAUGCCUUCGUAAAGAACGGGCGAUUCAAGGUCGGGGAGAAGGAGUUGCCUCCAAUCGGCGGCACGGCCAAGUCGCAGACGACCAGUGUGCAAGGCAAUGGGCAUGCCCAUCCGCCAACACAACGGGACAGCGUCUUCCCGCAAUGGUUCAGAGACGCCUCAGAACUUAUCUUCACCAUGCGGGGCAUCGGUUGGGACUUCGGCAAAGGUCUCUACGUCCCGAAGGAGUCGCGUUCACUGGAGCGCGGGCCAUUCCUGAGGACCACAGUGUUCUCGCUUCUCUGGAACUACAUCAUCAUCGACAUACUCAACUCGCUCUUCAAGCUCGUACCCCGCGUCGGGACAUACCGCGGUGGCUCCAUAUUCCUCCAGGAGCUGUCUCCAGUGCCUCGCUACGCUUUGUCGAGCGCGAUACACCUUGCCAGCGGCUUCAUCAUCCAGUACGGCAUGGAUAUCUGCAACGACAUCGCUACCCUAUUCUCCGUCGGAGUCCUUGGCCAGUCCCCCGAGCAGUGGCCGCCCGUCCAAGACAGGCCGUGGAAAGCCACUUCGUUGCACGAGUACUGGGGCAAGCGCUGGCACCAGAGUCUCAGGCAGGUAUUCUACGUGUAUGGCGGGUGCGUCGGCGGGUGGCUGGCAGGGUCGAUAGGCAUGGUGCUCGGCUCGUUCUUCGCGUCGGGGAUGUACCACGAAGUCGGGAUGCACAUGUCGGACCACCGCGUGACGCUCUUCUUUCUGCUUCAGGGCGUUGGGAUCAUCCUUGAGGGGCUUUGGAAGAAGGCGACAGGAAAACCUGUGGGUGGCGUGGCGGGCUGGAUCUGGACGGCGUUCUUCGUCUUGGUCAUUGGCCAGAUCAGCACGGAUGCUUGGGCUAUUCAUGGCCUCAUCGGUGGACUGAUUGUCCCCGACCCGCUCAGCGUGACAAGACGCGUCCUGUCCCCCGCUGCUCAGUCCCUACUCAAUCUUUGGCACUCAUGAACAUUUAUGAUAUACAACUACGAUACAUCUCUGCACUACUAUAUAUCCAGCGUAGUAUAUAUGGAUACCGCAUCUAUCAUGCCGAGCACAUAGUCACACAUCUAGCUUAAGUAGUUUGGGGGGUUUGGGGAGGUUAUUCAGUGAGCGCCCGUGAGCGAGGC